CUUUGACGAACUCUCAACGGCGUUUGCGCGUUUUCUCCAUGAAGCGCUUUGCAACCGCUGCCUGCGCGUUCCUGACCUUCAUUACUUGUUCAUUCUCGUUCUCCCUCUCAACUGAGACCUCGAACACGGACGAUCCAUGUGCGAAGAUCGCAGGCCAACCUUUUGUUCCUCCUGCAGAAGCGCGAGCAUGUCUAUCUAGCUAUCCGCUCAACGAGACGCUGCGUCAGAACGUCAUGCAGGUUGUAUCAAAGGUCUUCGACUUCUACACGUUCGAGGACUACUAUCUGGUACCUGUCCCGGAGUUUGGUCAGCCAGCCGUGAACAUCCGAGACGAGCUCGCAAGGAUCAACGGCACUACGUAUGCAUCCGACUACGCAUUCAACAAGGAUCUAUUCGACUUGGUCAACAGUCUCCAUGACGGGCACACGGUUUACUAUCCCUACUGCUAUUUCGAUAUCUUCCAGAAUCUGCUUCCCGCACCAGUGGUCUCUCUGGAAGUCGAUGGCGCACAAGAUGUAUACGUCGUGCCUGACCUUGUCGACUUCGUCUCAGCGCUCGGUGUUGACUACAGCGACUAUUACCGGUCCAUUGGGUUCGACUGGCAACGCCUUGCGGGAGCCCGAGUCUUGGCCAUAGAAGGCGUGACGGCAUACAGCUACGUAGAUCAAGUCGCCGACACAGUGACCGGAAACUACAUCGACCACGGAGUGCGGGUCAACAGUGUCUGGAGCAGUUAUCAGAUCAAGAACGGCAGCUACGCACAACGCUUCGGAGACCUUGCCGGACCCUUAUUCCCGGAACUGGACAAUCUGACGAUGGAGGUUAUGCUGGUGAAUGCGACGCAGUCCGAGACAGUCGUUGUCCCAUAUCUUGCGAUGUACCUCGGCCAACCAUUCACCGAUUCCCCAUCCUAUUGGGAUACAAACUGCGCUGCCAACGAUGAGACGAACGGUAUCGACCGUCUGACCGACGAUGGUGCGGCGGCAGGGGCUACGGCCGCCCGUGCAGUUCUCCAUCCUGCUCGGUCCCGGGGCGCGGAACUGCCUCCGCGGCUCGUCCCAAACUUGACAGCAACGUCGAGCUCGGAUGUCCUGUGGAGUUAUAUCCUCCCGGACAACAAGACCGGCGUGAUGUUUGUCGGUUCGUUUGAACCUGAGAAUCAGACGGCCUUCAUUGUGCAGGUCGCAGACACGAUCUCCGUUUUUCAGAAGGCCAAUGUUACGCAUCUCCUCAUCGACCUGACGAACAAUGGAGGUGGCCUCGUGUGCCUGGGCGAGUUCGUCCACACAUACCUUGCUGGCUCGAGUUUCGGCUAUCCCGGCUACGUGAACACAGUGCGCGCAAACGCACUAGCAGACAAGAUCGUCGCCGCAGAUAUCGCUCAGGGUAUCAAUAACAGCUACUCGUUCUAUGCACCCGAUUUCUGGGCGUAUCCGACAAACGGCACCACGUUCUCUGAUAGCUUCAAUUAUAUCACACCUAAUACUACAAGGACAAUCAAUGGCGUCGAAUACACGGAGUCCCAACGCUUCUGGGACGUGUGUGCUCCUUACCCCGUGGACAUCCCCGAACAACCACCUUUCGCCCUCGCAAACGUCGCUAUCGUCAGCAAUGGCAACUGCGCAUCGACGUGCGCCCAGUUCAGCACCCUGAUGUACGAGCAGCAUAACACGACAAUCGCGGUCUUUGGCGGGAAACCGAACGGGACGAUGCAGUUCAAGGGCAUGGCCGGCGAGCAGGUGCUGGAGUGGUACGACCUCGACUCGGAGCUCAAGACCUCGGGUGUGAAGGAUGAUCCCCUCGCACCGCCUGAUCUUCUUGUCAAUGCAGACAUCCGCCACAAUUGGCGAACCGCCUACAGUUGGAAGGACGAGGAGACGCCUAUUGAGUACCGAUACCAGGACUAUCCACAAUUGCGUUUCCCGUACACACGCGAGACAUACAUGGACCCUCAGGCAUUGUGGAUGUUUGCGUGAGUAGUGCGACAUGCUUUUGGUAUCACGUCACUGACCUCACUCGAAAAGUGCGGAGAAGAUCUUUGGCUCAUCGCUUUCGCAAUAAUAGCGUUUGAACCAUAGGUGUAUCGCUGCAAUCUCCCAUCUAUCGUGUCGUCCACGAGUCGCACUUCUUACUAUCAGUACAAUCCUGUACAUCGACGAUGUGAGGAAUGAUUCGAUAUGACUGGAGGGCGCGAUGACAACUCGGAU